CCAACUCUCUCGAGAGAUUCUCUCCUCUUUCCUUUUCCUCUUCAGAGACAGCCAUCGCUGUAGUAGUAAUAAAAAGCACCUAAAAAGGACAAACCCUUAACUCAAACUUCUUCGCUCCAACGAAAAUUCCCAGACGUUUCCCGGAAACUUCAUUUAUUCUCACUCAAUAUAAGUUUUUCUUUCUCUUGGGAACCAAACGGGUUGGUGUAUGUUGGUUUCUUGGUGAAGAUGCAAACGAGGUUCACGGAGAGAUCGACUAGUAUGGCGAGAGAGAAGAGAGGUCUGGAUUCCAGUUCUGGUGACGAAGGCCAGCCUGAUAGAAAACGACCGGCCUUAGCUAGUGUAAUUGUUGAAGCUCUCAAGGUGGAUAGUCUGCAGAAACUUUGCUCAUCUUUGGAGCCUAUCCUUCGGAGAGUUGUUAGUGAGGAAGUGGAGCGUGCUUUAGCAAAAUUAGGCCCUACCAAACUUACCGGAAGGUCUUCUCCUAAAUGUAUAGGAGGGCCUGACGGGAAAAACUUGCAGCUGCACUUCAGGUCCAGGUUGUCCCUCCCUCUCUUUACUGGUGGGAAAGUAGAAGGGGAACAGGGUGCUGCAAUCCUCAUUGUGUUGAUUGAUGCAAACACAGGCCAUGUUGUCACAUCAGGUCCUGAAUCUGCAGUGAAACUCGAUGUCAUUGUUCUUGAAGGUGAUUUUAAUAAUGAAGAUGAUGAUAACUGGACUCAAGAAGAAUUUGAGUCUCAUGUAGUUAAGGAGCGUGAGGGCAAGAGGCCACUUCUAACUGGGGAUCUGCAAGUGACAUUAAAAGACGGUGUAGGAACUCUAGGUGAGCUGACGUUUACUGACAACUCAAGUUGGAUAAGAAGCAGGAAGUUUAGGCUGGGUUUGAAGGUUGCCUCAGGAUGUUGUGAAGGGAUUCGUAUUCGUGAAGCAAAAACUGAUGCCUUCACUGUCAAAGAUCAUCGAGGAGAAUUAUACAAGAAACACUAUCCGCCUGCACUAACUGAUGAGGUUUGGAGAUUGGAGAAGAUUGGCAAGGAUGGAUCUUUCCACAAGAGGCUGAACAAGUCUGGGAUAUUUACUGUUGAAGACUUCUUAAGACUUGUGGUUAGAGACUCUCAGAGAUUGCGGAAUAUUCUUGGAAGUGGCAUGUCGAAUAAGAUGUGGGAUGUUCUGGUAGAGCAUGCAAAGACAUGUGUUCUGAGUGGGAAACUUUAUGUGUACUAUCCUGAUGAUGCAAAGAAUGUUGGUGUUGUUUUCAACAAUAUAUAUGAGUUAAGUGGCUUAAUUGCAAAUGGAGAGUACUACUCAGCAGACUCUCUUUCUGAUGACCAGAAGGUUUAUGUGGAUGAAUUGGUGAAGAAGGCAUAUGAAAAUUGGAUGCAUGUUAUAGAGUAUGAUGGCAAAACACUUCUAGACUUCAAGCAGAAUCAGAACAUUGCUUCUUCCCAAUCUGACCUGCCUGCUGGUCAACAAGAUUUUUUGAGCUCUUAUGAGCAUCAGGUUACGUUGCCUACUCUAUCAGUUCCAGUGCCUACAGAGCAGCCUUCUAUGGACUCAGGUCCAUCUGUUGGAGGUUACAAUGAUAGUAUGGCUGCAAGAUUCUCAUUGCAAUCACAUAAUGGAAAUCCAAACACGCCUUUUCAAUUUGAUGCCACUUCAUUACCUCUACAAAAUCCUCUUGUCAGUACCUCACAGCAUGCCCAAUUUCAAAGAAGUGACAAUUUGCUGGCGCUUGCUCCACCACAUUCAUCAACAUCAAGCUUCCAAGGUGUCUGUACACCAAACCUUACUUCUUACAGGGGAGCUGAGGAUUUCUUCCAAGAGGAGGAGAUUCGAAUGAGAAGUCAUGAGAUGCUUGAAAAUGAAGAUAUGCAGCAACUUCUCCAUAUCUUCAACAUGGGAAGCCAGGGCCUUUCUUCCUUCAAUGUAAAUGAAGAUGGGUACCCUUACUCAUCAGCAUACAUGCCAGCCCCAUCUCCAAACUACAGCUUCGCCGACGAUCACUCUCGUUCAUCAGGCAAAGCUGUCAUUGGAUGGCUGAAGCUCAAGGCAGCCCUUAGAUGGGGCAUCUUUAUCAGGAAAAAGGCUGCUGAGAGGAGGGCACAGCUCAUAGAGUUAGAUGAUCCUUAAAUGAGCAAUAAUUGACAUGCUUAGGUGUUUGCAGGCUUCCUCCUUUUCCAGCCAAAUUUCGCAUCCAACUCAAUUAGAGUCAUGGUUUGGGACUUGCCUAGCUGGCUAGAGUUUAUUGAAGGUCCUGCUGUUCUUGGAUUAUAAUCCUUGAAUUUGGGGACACCUCUUUUUAUACAGUUGAUCACUGUACAGUAAGCUUUCUUAGUUGCCUUGGCUACAACAUUCCUCAUUGUGAACUUGGAAAAUCAACUGGGUUCAAAUGGUGGGUAUUUUGUAGAGAUUUCUAAUAUUCAGUGGAUCUGACGCUGAAAAACUUAGCAGUGUGUUUAAAUUAGGAAGUGGAUAGGAUAGAAAAUCUAAGGCUAAUUUUAUCCAGAUAUAAUUAGCUAGUGUUUUUUCUUUUUCAUCUUUGAUUGCUAUUUUUCUCGUGUAUCGAGUCCCUACAUAAAUGAACACCUUGUAUUUAUGUCUCCUUUGUAAAAUUAAAAUAAUUGUUGGAUUUGGGAAUGUAUUGCCCAGUUGAACGGUUCUAUUA